AUGCAUAUCUCGAGCAUCAUGAAGCUCUCCCUCCUCACUUUCGCUACUCUAAGCUUUGCUGCACCAACUCCGGUUACUACUCCAAUGGGUGCGGCGGUUGAGUAUGCUCGUGCUGCCCAAGAUGUUCCACUUAAUCUUGUUGAGCUCAGAAACAAGCGUGAUGGUCCUGUUGACUUGGUUCAGCUUCCCGAGAAGCGUGAUGGUCCUAUCGAUCUUAUUCAACUUCCUGACAAGCGCGAUGGUCCCAUUGAUUUGAUUCAACUUCCAAAGCGCGACAGACCAAUCAACCUUGUUCAACUCACCGAGAAGCGUCAACACUCCCCAAUCAACCUUGUUGAACUGAGUGAUCGCGAAACCACCAAGUAUAGGUCCAUCCGCUCUCGCAACGCCCAAGAUGCUCCCAUCAAUCUUAUCCAACUUUCUGAGAAGCGACAAGAUUCUCCCAUCAACCUUGUUGAACUCAGUAACCACGCUGAAGCUGAGCUCCUAGCAGCACGACAAAAUGACUGCGGUUCUUCACCUUACCAAAACCCAGAAUGCAGCGCUGGUACAGGCUUGAGUAUUCCAGCAUUUGCUGUAAUCGCUAUGGCUUUUUGCGCUAUUAUGAUUGUUUGA